CCCCUUCACUUACCCCUGGAGCGUCUUGUGCGUAUCCUAGUUUGGUGAAUAGGUGUAAUGUGCGCUUCACAAACAACGUGGGCUGUGGAUGUGGCAGCACCGGGAGUCUGACUGACGCGUCCCCAUCUACGGCUCACUUACUGGAGAUUCUGGAUAGUCUUUAGGUCCUAACAUUAUCAGGGCUUCUGUUUCUGCACCAUGUUUGCCCGGCUGGCUUUGUGCUCCCAGCUGCCCCCCAGAACCCAUCACAGUCAUGUCUGUGCAGCUUCUAUCAGAGCCUUUUCCCAGGCUAAAUUUUCUCUCCCACGUCCCCAUGGGAAGUCCUUUGCCCAUCGCAGUGAGCUGAAACAGGCCAAACGGAUUGUGGUGAAGCUGGGCAGUGCUGUGGUCACACGGGGGGAUGAAUGUGGGCUGGCGCUGGGACGGCUCGCCUCCAUCGUAGAGCAGGUGGCCAUGCUGCAGAAUCAAGGACGGGAGAUGAUGAUAGUUACAAGCGGCGCCGUGGCUUUUGGGAAGCAGCGACUAAGACACGAGAUUCUGCUGUCUCAAAGUGUCAGACAGGCUUUGCACUCAGGCCAGAACCAACUUAAAGAGAUGUCAGUUCCCGUGUUGGAAGCCCGAGCGUGUGCAGCCGCUGGACAGAGCGGUCUGAUGGCGUUGUAUGAAGCCAUGUUCACUCAGUACAGCAUCUGCACGGCACAAAUCUUAGUCACAAACCUCGAUUUUCACGACGAGCAAAAGCGCCGCAACUUGAACAGCACGCUCCACGAACUGCUGAGGAUGAACAUCGUUCCCAUCAUCAACACCAACGAUGCCGUAGUUCCUCCCCCUGUUCCUAACAGUGACCUGCAGGGGGUAAAUGUAAUAAGCAUCAAAGAUAACGACAGCCUGGCCGCACGCCUCGCUGUUGAAAUGAAAGCCGACCUUCUUAUUGCACUGUCUGACGUUCAAGGUUUGUAUGACAGCCCCCCAGGAACAGAUGAUGCUAAACUGAUCGAUAUAUUCUACCCCGGAGACCAGCAGUCGGUCACCUACGGUACCAAGUCCAGAGUUGGAAUUGGUGGCAUGGAAGCUAAGGUGAAAGCGGCUCUGUGGGCGCUGCAGGGUGGGACCUCCGUCGUCAUCGCCAACGGAACAGAUCCUAAGGUCACCGGCCACGUCAUCACAGACAUUGUGGAAGGGAAGAAAGUUGGCACGUUCUUCUCUGAAGUCAAACCUGCUGGUCCAACUGUUGAGCAGCAGACGGAGAUGGCGCGGCAUUCAGGUCGGACUCUGGCCUCUCUGCCACCUGAACAGAGAGAAGAGAUCAUUUGCUGCCUUGCUGAUCUUCUAACAGAGAGAAAAGAGGAAAUUCUUGCAGCUAACAGGAAAGAUAUGGAAUUGGCAACUGUAACAGGGUUUUUGGCCCAGCCCCUGAUCAAUCGUUUGAGUCUCUCAACCUCCAAGCUCAACAGCCUCGCCAUUGGUCUUCGCCAGCUUGCUGUGGCGUCCCGCGACAGUGUGGGGCGGGUGCUCAGACGGACCAGGGUGGCCAACAACCUGGAACUGGAACAAAUCACAGUUCCCAUUGGUGUCCUGCUGGUCAUCUUUGAGUCACGACCUGAUUGCCUCCCACAGGUGUCGGCGUUGGCAAUCGCCAGUGGAAACGCUUUGCUGCUGAAGGGCGGUAAGGAAGCAUCCAACACCAACAAAAUUCUCCAUCAGCUCACUCAGGAAGCGCUCUCCAUCCAUGGAGUGUCUGAUGCCAUCCAGCUGGUCAGCACGCGGGAAGAAGUUGAGGAUCUGUGCAGACUGGACAAGAUGAUCGACUUGAUUAUUCCAAGAGGUUCAUCCCAGUUGGUCCGAGACAUUCAAAGAGCUGCCAAAGGCAUCCCGGUCCUCGGCCACAGUGAGGGCGUUUGCCAUGUUUACAUCGAUGCUGAUGCCAGCAUAGACAAGGCUCUGGACAUUGUCAAAGAUUCCAAAUGCGACUACCCUGCUGCCUGCAAUGCCAUGGAGACCCUCCUAAUUCACAGAGAUUUACUACGAACUCCUAUGUUUGACCAAAUCAUUGAUAUGCUGAGACAGGAGCAAGUAAAAAUCCAUGCAGGUCCACGGUUUGCAUCCUAUUUAACUUUUAGUCCUUCUGAAGUGAAGUCUCUUCGCACUGAAUACGGCGACCUGGAAUGCUGCAUUGAAGUGGUGGACAGCAUGCAGGACGCUGUAGACCACAUCCACAAAUACGGCAGCUCUCACACCGAUGUCAUCGUGACGGAGAGCGAAGAAACAGCUGAACAGUUUUUACAGCAGGUGGACAGCGCCUGCGUUUUUUGGAACACCAGCUCUCGCUUUGCUGAUGGCUAUCGCUUUGGCCUGGGAGCUGAGGUUGGCAUAAGCACAGCAAGGAUUCACGCCAGAGGCCCUGUGGGUCUGGAGGGACUCCUCACCACCAAAUGGGUUCUUCGGGGGGAGGGACAAACUGUAUCAGACUUCUCUGAACAAGGCAGUAUGAAAUAUCUUCAUGAAAACAUCCCAGUUCCUCAAGGCAGUUUUCGUUAGGUGCACAGAAAGCUGUCCUUGGAGAGUAUAAAAAGUGUUGUUACUGCUUUCAUCUGCUGCUUCAUCGCCUGUGUGAAUCCACUUUAAAUUAAAUGGAGAACAAAAGCCACUUUUUUUCAUUUGAUCUGUUAAAGUUCUCCUAAAACCUGUGACCCUGUUCUUUAAAUUUAUAUAACCCCUCCCUGAAAUGGAAAGUUUAUUAAAAGAAAACUCAUUAAAGUGUCAUAUGUUUUGCUAAAAUAUGAAAAAUUUCAUUUCCAAAACUUUUCCCCUGUGAAUUUAUUUUUAUUUUAAUAUAGAGGUGGAAAAUGAUGGUUUCCCCUCCUGGUAUUUUUAUAAUGUAU